AACAACAUGGCAGCGCCCAUUGAUCAAAAGACUUUGACUCAUGGCUCACGAUUAUUUUAUACCUUUCCAAAGGAAAAUAACCAAAGUGUGGAAACUUUGCAUCGGAAAAAUGAAAAUGUAUUUCUGAAGUAUAUCAGAGAUAAUGUUAUUGGGCAUGAUUCAACAUUCUCAGGGCCUUUUGGACCCCGAAAAGUUACCUACAGCGAUUACACAGCAUCAGGAAAGUCAUUAGGAUUCAUAGAGGAUUACAUCAGGGCUAAUGUUUUACCGACCUAUGGUAAUACCCACACUACCACCUCUGUUACAUCUCUUCAGUCAACUCUCUUCAGGCACGAAGCAAGAGAUAUCGUGCGGAAUGCGGUGAAUGCGAGUGAACAUGAUGCAGUCAUCUUUACUGGGACUGGAUGUACAGCUGCCAUUCAUAAACUUGUCAAUGCACUCCAUCUAACUGACCCUCCUGUGGUGUUUGUGGGACCUUAUGAGCAUCAUUCAAACCUGUUACCAUGGCGAGAGACAGGAGCAGAGAUCAUAAGGAUACCUGAAGAUGCUGAUGGUCUAGCUGAUACAAGAAUCCUUGAUUCACUAUUACAGACGUGGAGGAGCACAGGACGUCAGCUCAUAGGUUGCUUCUCAGCAGCAUCCAAUGUAACUGGUAUCCUAGUUGAUACAGUUGCCAUAACAACCAUCCUCCAUCGACACAAUGCCCUUGCUUUUUGGGACUAUGCUACUGCCGGACCAUAUGUGGAAAUAGACAUGAAUCCUGUUGUUGCAGGAAUUCUGCCAUCUCUGACCUCCAAAGAUGCCAUCUUCUUGUCUCCUCAUAAGUUUGUUGGAGGUGUAGAGACUCCUGGGAUAUUAGUAUCAAAGAAGGCCCUCUUUGUUAAUCCUAAUCCAACUGGUGGCGGUGGCGGUAGUGUUUUCUUUGUACGGAGAGAAGCUCAUCGUUAUCUGAAGCAGAUUGAGAUGAGGGAGGAGGGUGGGACGCCCUCUAUUGUUGGUGCUAUCAGAGCAGGACUGGUAAUGCAACUCAAAGAAACUAUUGGACACGAAAUGAUUAUGAGAAGAGAGAAAGAAAUAUGGCGCUCUGUUCUAGAACGUUUCUCCUCCUGUCCUAACCUGGUCAUCCUAGGGAGUACAUCCCAGCCACGCCUUCCUAUCAUCUCAUUCUUGAUACGUCAUCCUCACACCAAACAAUUCCUCCAUCAUAACUUCAUCUGUGCUCUGCUCAAUGAUGUCUAUGGGAUACAGGCUAGGGGAGGAUGUGCGUGUGCUGGUCCCUAUGCACAGGACCUGCUUGGUAUUGAUGAAGAUUUGGCAGAGCAAUUUGAAGAUAUGUUACUUGAAGACAGUCGUCUUGAUAGGGUUCAUCUUAGGAGGUACAGUGAAUAUUCAGAGAAAGAGAUUCUCAGACCUGGUUUUGCAAGACUCAACUUCCCAUUCUUCAUGAGCGAGGAAGAGAAAGACUUUGUCAUGGAAGCCGUUGCCAUGGUUGCAGAAAAUGGAUGGAAACUUCUACCACAAUACAUGUUCAACCCCGAGACAGGAGAGUGGAAGCAUCAAAGACAUCAGGUCUUUGAGGAUCGUCGUUGGCUUGGUUCUAUCUCCUAUACCUCUGGUCACAUGACCUAUCCUGAACCUCGUGUGGUCAAGAAGAAAGGUUCCCUGCCCAAUGACUAUCAGCACUGCCUCCAGCUAGCCGAAGAACUCUUUGUGAAAGCAGCAAAGACUCAGAUCCACCACUUGCCCGAUCAGACCAUCCUGUUUGAUGAAGGAACAACCAAGCUUAGAUGGUUUAUGCUUCCGAGUGAAGCAAACAAGGUUCUUAAAGGCAAUAGGAAGACCAUCCAAGCUUCCACUCUUCCUUUUGAACCUCCAUCCUAUCCCCUGACGGAGGGUGAACUGGGUAAAAGGAGAGAACAUCUUCAAAGAUGCCAGCCUUCAGUGACAUCUACAAAGAUUCAUGACCGUGUGAAAGGUCAAAGGUCAGUUAGUGGGUCAUCAUAUGAAGACGGAUUGGAACAGAAUGAUAAGGAUGUGGUCUUGGGUCAGAAACCGGGAGAGGAUGACACCUUGGAUGAUGGUAAGAAUGUUCACCAGAGGAGCAGCAAUGCACAGAGAUUUGUUGAUAGUGUUAUUGAAGGGUUUGGAGGGUCAUGUGAUGCUUCCUCAAUAUCACCUGAUACAUCACAUGAUACAUCACCUGGUAGUAGUGAGUCACAUACACACUGUGUCAUACUGCAAGAGGAAUCAGAGAACAAAGGGUCAGGAGAUAUGGUAGCUGAUAUAUGUGAAAGAAUGCCAAGGUUUUCCAAAGGUAAUAAUGAUGUUCCUGAUAUUCUUGGAGAAUCAAGUUUAAGUGACCAAGAUCGAUUGAUGCAAUCAGGAUGUGAAAACACCCUUUGUAGUGUGAAUGAUGAUACGCUUGACCAAGAUGGUUCCGUUUUACCAAGGACGAAAGAAAAUGAUGGCAUAGUGAACAAAGAUGCAACUCUUGAAUUUUCUCUGCAAAAGGAAAACUCUAGUAGCAAUACAAAUUCUGAUGGUUGCCUACCAUGUCAACAACAGAGUAGAGCACCUCAAUGUGACAAUGCUCAAGGAUUACAAGAUGACGUCUCAAUAGAUAGUGAUGUUUGUCAGAAACUUCAAACUCCUCCAAAAACAGAAAGUAGUCAUGACAGCAAGGGAGAACCUGCAGUGAAAUUCAAAGUGCCACCUAAGAAGAUCUUCAAACCUACAUUACAGGCUUUAGAGGAUUAUAAGAUGUUGCGUGAUGGAGAUCGUGUUUUAGUUUGUUUAUCUGGUGGCAAGGAUAGUCUCUCUCUGCUUCAUACUCUCAGACAGUAUCAAUUUGCUGCAAAGAAAAAUGGUAUAACCUUUGACCUUGGAGCAGUGACUGUUGACCCACAAACAGCCUCCUUCAAUCCUCGACCUCUCAUUGGAUACCUUGCCAAACUGGGUCUGCCCUACUUUUAUGAAGAGCAAUGUAUCAUUGAUCAAGCAGCCGCUUUGCCUGAAGGAUGUGAUUCUAUUUGUAGUUUCUGCUCCCGUAUGAAGAGAGGCAGACUUUAUGCAUGUGCCAGGAGAGAGGGAUACAACGUCCUUGCAAUGGGCCAACAUCUUGAUGACCUCACUGAAAGUUUCUUGAUGUCUGUUUUCCAUAAUGGUCUCCUAAGGACAAUGAAAGCCAACUACACAGUCAAAGAAGGUGAUCUCAGAGUUAUUAGACCAUUUGUGUAUGUCAGAGAAAAAGAUCUUAGGGACUUUGCCGAACAGGCCAAGCUUCCUGUAAUACCAGAAAACUGCCCAGCCUGCUUUGAAGCACCAAAGGAACGUCACAGAGUCAAGCAGUUGUUGGCUGCCCAGGAACUUUUGUUUCCACGGUUAUACCCCAGUUUACAAACGGCUCUGAGACCUCUCAUGUCAAAGAAUAAAACUGGGAUGGAAUCUACCCUAGCAAAGAUGAAACAUGACGAGGAUGAUAUUGAUUUCUGAUGGAGGAAGGAUAUGCUUUACAUCAACGAUCUUCAAGGGCUCUCAAGUCAAGUUUCCAGUUGUAAAAUGAAAUAUUUCACUGAUCCAUGGACCGAUUGAGGCACUUAAAGGAAGAAUAAGGCUGCAAUCAAGCCUUCAGUAGUCACAGGCACUAAUGUAACAUUGAGUUCUUAUUAUGUUGGAAAGGCUAGCAUACUGGAAGGAUCCUUAAAGGAAACAGUGUAGAUGCUGACUAACAGGCUUGUUAGAUUGUCCUUCCAUCUGGGUUGUUUAAAAAAUCAAGUUGUGUUUGAUUUUGGUUGAAGUUAUGUAUGAUUUCCUGUAGCAGGCCCCAAUAUAUAAUAAUGAAACAGAUUGCCAUAAGUCGUGGCCAGAAUGAGAGUGCUGAUGAACCAGUGACAGGAAUAGUUAAAGCAACAGUGUACAAAUGACACUACUCUCUGAAUAGUAUUUUGAUUUUACUAAUUAUUUCAGGAUGUUAUGUUUCUCAAUACAGUAUCACAAAAGGCGAUAGUUUGCACCCAUUUCUAAUUAAUUGACACAAGUUAGAGGAAUACUACUAUUGUGAAGGAUAAUUUGGAAUGCCCAGUAGAAGUUAGGAUAGGUAAACUUUAUAAAUUAGAAAUUAAAACCUUUCUCUAUAUCUAAACCUCAUUUAUUUCCAUUUUAACUUCAUAAA